CUGGGGCAAAUGGGUGGGGCAAAGCUAGGCAAUGUUUUCAAGGGCGCUUAAGCGUCGGUGUCGCCUGCCCUUCAGGGUGCGUGGUGCGUUGGUUGCACUGUCUGUCGUGCUGUGAUCUGCACUGGUCCUAAGAGUAGGAAGGACUCAGGGAGACCCAGGAAACCUAAAAAUGGACUCGGUGGCUUUUGAGGAUGUGGCUGUGACCUUCACUCUGGAGGAGUGGGCCUUACUGGAUCCUUCACAGAAGAAACUCUACAGAGAUGUGAUGCAGGAAACUUUCAGGAACCUGGCCUCCGUGGGAAAGAAAUGGGACAAUCAUGACAUUGGAGGCCAGAACAAAAACUGGAGGAGAAAACGAAGAAGUUUAAUAUUAGAGAGACACUGUGAAGGUGAAAAGAGUAGUCAAUGUGGAGAAAACUUCAGCCUUAUUUCAAAUCUCAAUCUGAAGAAAAAAAUUCUUCCUGAAGUAAAACCACGGAAAUACAGUGUGUGUGGAAAAGUCUUCAUGAAUCAUUCAUCCUAUAAUAUGCACAUCAGUCGUCACACUGGACCCAAGCCAUGUGAAGAUCAAAAUAAUGAAGACAAGUUAUAUAAUUAUAAUGUAUGCGAGAGAUCCUUCAGUUAUCUCCAGUGUUUUGAAAAACUUGAGAGAAAUCACAAUGGAGAGAAAACCUAUAAAUGUAAGGAAUGUGGGAAAACCUGUAGUUCUUCAACUUCACUUCAAAUACAUGAAAGAUCUCACACUGGAGAAAAACCCUAUGAAUGUAAGCAGUGUAGUAAAGCAUUCAGUUGUCUCAGUUCUCUUCGACGUCAUGAAAAAAUUCACACUGGAGAGAAACCCUAUGAAUGUAAGGAAUGUGGAAAAGCCUUCAGAUACUAUCAAAAUUAUCGAAGACAUGAAAGUAAAUUCACUGGAGAGAAGCCCUAUGAAUGUAAGGAAUGUGGAAAAACCUUCAUAUGUUAUCAAAGUUUUCGAAGACAUGAAAGAAAUCACACUGGAGUGAAACCAUAUAUUUGUAAGGAAUGUGGUAAAACAUUUAGUUGUCUCCGUUAUCUUCGAAAACAUGAAAGAAAUCACACUGGAAAAAAACCCUAUGAAUGUAAACAAUGUAAUAAAGCAUUUAGGUAUCCCAGUGAUCUUCAGAAACAUGAGAGAAAUCACACUGGAGAGAAACCCUUUGAAUGUAUGGAAUGUGGUAAAGCCUACAGAGAUUACAGUUCUUUACAAGCACAUCAAAGAACUCAUUUUGGAGAGAAACCCUAUGAAUGUAAGGAAUGUGGUAAAGCCUUUAGUUCUCAUCAAUGUGUCCAAAUUCAUGAAAGAAAUCACACUGGAGAGAAACCCUAUGAAUGUAAAAUAUGUAGCAAAACAUUUGGUUAUCCCAGUUCUCUUCGAUAUCAUAAAAGAACACAUACUGGAGAGAAAUCAUAUGAAUGUAAGGAAUGUGGUAAAGCUUAUAGAUAUCUCAGUUCCUUACGAAUACAUGAAAGAAUUCAUACGGGAGAGAAACCUUAUGAAUGUAAGGAAUGUGGAAAAGCCUACAGAUGUUACCAAAGUUUUCAAACACAUGAAAGUAAUCACACUGGAGAGAAACCGUAUGUAUGUAAAAAAUGUAGUAAAGCAUUUACUUGUCUCCAUUACCUUCGAAAACACGAAAUAAAUCACACUGGAAAGAAACCCUAUAAAUGUAAAAAAUGUAAUAAAGCAUUUAGGUAUCCCAGUGAUCUUCAGAAACAUGAGAGAAAUCACACUGGAGAAAAACCCUUUGAAUGUAAGGAAUGUGGUAAAGCCUACAAAGAUCAAAGUUCUUUACAAACACAUGAAAAAACUCAUACUGGAGAGAAACCCUAUGGAUGUAAGGAAUGUGGAAAAGCCUUCAGAUGUUAUCAGAGUUUUCAAACACAUGAAAGAAAUCAUACUGGAGAGAAACCAUAUGUGUGUAAAAAAUGUAGUAAAGCAUUUACUUGUCUCCGUUAUCUUCGGAAACAUGAAAGAACUCACACUGAAGAGAACCUCAUGAAUGUAAGCAAUAUGGAAAAGUCUACAUUUAUCACGCAACCUUUUGAAAAUGUGAAAAUGCACACUGGAGGAAAACCAUAUUAAUAUGCAGAAUUUGGGAAAGGCUUUGGUUAUCCCAGUUUCUUUCAAAAGCAUAAAAGGACUCACUGCAUAAAAUUUCUAGAUAUAAACAGCAUGAGAAAGACUUGAAUUGGUCUACAUUCUUACAAGUGAAAAUUCCCUCCAAAAAAAAGAAAAAUGUAAGUAACGUGAGAAAGUUUAAUAGAAAUUAAUUUAUGUAUAAUAUGCCAGAAAGUUUUCAACAUGCAAGUUUUUAUUAAUGUUGAAAUAUAUUGUGUUUGUUGAACCUCUUCUUCAUUGGACUGGAUUCUACUAAUUUCAGAAAUGAAUACUUAUGUGAGAUAUUUCUGAGAGUUGUCUUUCAACAAUAGUACACAAAAUAAGUAGGUAGUAUUUUUUCCUUAAAACAUUUAAUAAUAUUUUAUCUCCAUUUUGAAGCCUGUUAGAUACAUGGGUGAAUUGAAAUAUGUUUUUUAUAUACAGUUAGGUUGAAUAUCUUUUUACAAUAUUUUAUUUUUUACAGGGUCAUUGAAAAAUUACAAUUUGAUAUUUGGGUUUUCCUAGUGGUCUAGUGGUAUCCUUUUUAUCCCUAGUCCAUGAUAUUUAUUCUACGUUUCCCUUGGACAAAGCUCUUUUUUGGGAGCGAUGGGGAUAAGAGACUUUUUCUAUUUUCUAUACUAAGAAAUAGUUGGAAUAAAUUUUAUGUGUGGCUAGUUUAGGAAAGAAUAUAGUUAUAUGUGAAUUAUUUUCAUAUUUGGGCCUUUGCUUUUUGUCCUUCCUUUGGAUUCAUGUUUGUGAAUAGACGUUGAAUUAAGAAGAGGGACCUGUGAUAGGGCAACAAAAUCUAAAGCUGGAGAUUUUCCCUCCCAUUGGGUAAUGGUAGGAACUUGAUUUUCCGGAAACCAUCUCCUUUAAGGUCAAUGGUAGAAUUUCUUAGUAGGCUCACUUGCAUGAGAUUUGGAAGACAAAAAUGAAGAAGGCAUUAGUCAGAUUAUGGAGCCAACAUUCAAACAAACAGAUAAUAAGAGCUUCAAGAACAUCUUCCAAUCCAUUAUCAAAACCACCAACAACUAACUGUCUGAUAUUCAUUUUUGGAGAAGCAUGCAUUUCCACUGAUGUCUUCACAAAAUUCACAUUAAAGAUACAUUAGAGUUAGGAGUUUUCUGUAAACCCUCUUGUGUCUACCAGAAAACUGAUUCAAACUUUCAUGCUUAUGUCUGAUUCCUCUCUUCUUUAGUUAUAUAUGUAUAAGGUCUAAUUUGUAUAGGAAACAAUUUCCACUGUCAGCAGUGCCAGUGAGCAUAUUUUCCUUGUUCAUAAUGACAUCUACAGUGGUGCCAUCAAAAAAAAAAAAAAAAAAGCAACGGUCAGGAAGACUGUGGGUGUUUUACUUGUAGCUGAUUGUAAUCCCUCAGUAUGUUUUCAGUCAUGUUUGAUUGUGUGUGAUUAAAAGUUCAUGUAUUUUCUUGUCAAGUGAAAACUCCUGUAGGUGUUUCAUAAAAGUUUUAAUGGUUGUCUAA